ACAGUCGACACAAACACAGUGAACAACGAGCUCAAACUGUCCGAAAACAACAGAGAGGUGACACGUGUGUCAGAGGAUCAGUCAUAUCCUGAUCAUCCAGACAGAUUUGACUUCUGGCCUCAGCUGCUGUGUAGAACUGGUCUGACUGGUCGCUGUUACUGGGAGGUCGAGUGGAGAGGAAGAGUUGAUAUAUCAGUGAGUUACAGACGAAUCAGCAGGAGAGGAGACAGUGGAGACUGUUUGUUUGGACUGAACGAUCAGUCCUGGAGUCUGAUCUGCUCUGAUGGUGGAUACACUGUCUGUCACAUUAAGAGAAAAACACCCAUCACCUCCUCCUCCUCCUCCUCCUCCUCCUCCUCCUCUGUCUCUGGUAGAGUAGCAAUGUAUGUGGACUGUCCUGCUGGCUCUCUGUCCUUCUUCAGAGUCUCCUCUGACUCUCUGAUCCACCUCCACACCUUCAGCACCACAUUCACUGAACCUCUUUAUCCUGGCUUUGGGUUCUGGUCUCCUGGUUCCUCAGUGUCUCUGUGUCCUCUGGAGGACAGACAGUCUCCUGUCAGUGAUCACAGAGUUCAGUGUGUUGAGGAUCACAGCUGAUGGGAGGUCCCAGACUGUGUAGGAUGUGAGUUUGACCUGAGGGAGGCGCUAGAGGACAGAUGAUGGACUCAUGAAGGUCCUGAAGAAGCAUCAGUGUGUAAACUCUCGUAUAGACUUUGAUCCUCUUCAGAAGAAAAACCCUAAAACCAUCAGAGUUACUCAGCCUCUCCAGCACUCAGCCAUUUUUGGGUAUUUUCCUGAAGUAGCUUCUUAUUGGCCUUCAACAUCAUUUGUGCUGUUUGAAAUUCCUCCAUAAGUGUAAAUAGGAAUAGUUUAGUAAGAAUAAUGAGUCAGUGUGAUCUAGAUGACUGAGUGAGAUGACCCCGAAGUAUCUGAGCGGCUGCCGUGAUCAUCGCUGUUUGAAUUCUCCCAAAAUGAAGGAGAGGAGCUUCAAUGCUUCCUUUAUAACACUGGACCGUCCUCUACCAAAGGAAAGGACAGAAUCCGUCCCACAAGUCUUUGCAGCAGCAACAUUUAAAGUGGCCGUUCUUUGGGAAAUCAACUUUUUAACCCCAUGAAGACCUCCACAGUCUGUAUGAGCCCAAACGUCUUUCAGAGCACUGAACCGCUGUUUCCUGGUUUUGGUUCUCUUGGAUUCUUUGCGUAAUAAUGCAUUAAAACCUCAGCCCCUCGAUGCACAAUCAAGAUAUACACAUCUGUUUUUUUCAGGACAACCUGGACUAUCAGAAUAUUUAUUUUGCAGUGAUGUCACCUGAAUGUUCAAAUAGUUAUGAUACCAUAAAGACAAAAGAAAAAACAAGACAGAAAUUGAUUUUAACAGAUAUUUAGUGAUAAAUGACACAAAAGUAUUUAGUACAAGUUUUUUUGUUGCAGAAAACCUUUCUCCCAAGUGUUGUGAAUCAGAAACUGAAAAAAU